GCUGACAGCGGCGGGAGUAAACAAGCGGCGUCGCCGGGGCCCGGCCGCUGCCCCCGCCCGCGCUGGAGCCCGAGCCCAGGCCGAGCCCUGUCCCUGGUCGCGGGCCGCGCCGAGGACCGCCCGCCGCGCCUCCCCGCCUCCGCGCGGUGACGCUGCUGCUGGGCGCGGGGACGGCGCCGAGCCCAGGCCCCGCCGCCGGGCUCUCCGCUCGGCCGAGGGGCGCCCGAGCCGCCGCGGCGCUCGCCUGCAAAAGUUACCCGCCCGGGCUCCCUCGGAGCCGGCGGCCCUCCUCCCCGCACAGCCCUGCCCUGCUCGGCCUCAUGCCCCCGCCAGUCAGCCCCGGGCCACAGGCAGUGAGCAGGCACGCGGGCGCCGAGGCCCUGUGACCAGGCCAAGGAGACGGGGGCUCCGGGGUCCCGGCCACCGGCCCCCCCCAUGGAGCUGAGGCCCUGGUUGCUAUGGGUGGUAAUGGCAGGAGCCUUGGUCCUGCUGGCAGCCGACGCCCGGGCCCAGAAGGUCUACACCAACACGUGGGCUGUGCACGUUCCCGGAGGCCCGGCCGUGGCUGACAGGCUGGCGCACAAGCAUGGCUUCCUGAACUUGGGCCAGAUCUUCGGGGACUAUUACCACUUCUGGCAUCGAGCGGUGACAAAGCGGUCCCUGUCGCCUCACCGCCUGCAGCACAGCCGGCUGCAGAGGGAGCCUCAAGUGCAGUGGCUGGAGCAGCAGGUGGUAAAGCGAAGGACCAAACGAGAUGUGUACCAGGAGCCCACGGACCCCAAGUUUCCCCAGCAGUGGUACCUGUCCGCCGUCACCCAGCGGGACCUGAACGUGAAGGAGGCCUGGGCUCAGGGCUACACGGGGCGUGGCAUUGUGGUCUCCAUUCUGGACGAUGGCAUCGAGAAGAACCAUCCAGACUUGGCAGGCAAUUAUGAUCCCGGGGCCAGCUUCGACGUCAACGACCAGGACCCUGACCCCCAGCCUCGGUACACACAGAUGAAUGACAACAGGCAUGGCACACGGUGCGCGGGCGAGGUGGCCGCCGUGGCCAACAACGGUGUCUGCGGUGUAGGCGUGGCCUACAACGCCCGCAUCGGAGGGGUGCGCAUGCUGGACGGCGAGGUGACGGACGCGGUGGAGGCUCGCUCACUGGGCCUGAACCCCAACCACAUCCACAUCUACAGCGCUAGCUGGGGCCCCGAGGACGAUGGCAAGACCGUGGAUGGACCUGCCCGCCUCGCCGAGGAGGCCUUCUUCCGGGGGGUUAGCCAGGGCCGCGGGGGGCUGGGCUCCAUCUUCGUGUGGGCCUCGGGGAACGGGGGCCGGGAGCACGACAGCUGCAACUGUGACGGCUACACGAACAGCAUCUACACGCUGUCCAUCAGCAGCGCCACGCAGCUCGGCAACGUGCCCUGGUACAGCGAGGCCUGCUCGUCCACGCUGGCCACCACCUACAGCAGCGGCAACCAGAACGAGAAGCAGAUCGUGACCACGGACUUGCGGCAGAAGUGCACCGAGUCUCACACGGGCACCUCGGCCUCGGCCCCCUUGGCAGCCGGCAUCAUCGCUCUCACCCUGGAAGCCAAUAAGAACCUCACCUGGCGGGACAUGCAGCACCUGGUGGUACAGACCUCAAAACCCGCCCACCUCAACGCUAACGAUUGGGCCACCAACGGUGUGGGCCGGAAAGUGAGCCAUUCAUACGGCUACGGGCUGUUGGACGCGGGUGCUAUGGUGACCCUGGCCCAGAACUGGACGACGGUGCCCCCCCAGCGGAAAUGCAUCAUCGACAUCCUCACUGAACCCAAGGACAUCGGGAAGCGGCUGGAGGUGCGGAAGACGGUGACCGCCUGCCUGGGGGAGCCCAGCCACAUCACACGGCUAGAGCACGCGCAGGCCCGCCUCACCCUGUCCUACAAUCGCCGUGGCGACCUGGCCAUCCACCUGGUCAGCCCCAUGGGCACCCGCUCCACCUUGCUGGCCGCCAGGCCGCACGACUACUCCGCAGAUGGGUUUAACGACUGGGCCUUCAUGACAACCCACUCCUGGGAUGAGGACCCCUCUGGCGAGUGGGUCCUGGAGAUUGAAAACACCAGCGAAGCCAACAACUACGGGACACUGACCAAGUUCACCCUCGUGCUGUAUGGCACGGCCCCCGAGGGCUCGCACCCGCCUCCCGAGAGCAGCGGCUGCAAGACCCUCACGACCAGCCAGGCCUGUGUGGUCUGUGAGGAGGGCUUCUCCCUGCUCCAGAAGAGCUGCGUGCAGCGCUGCCCGCCGGGCUUCACCCCCCAAGUCCUCGAGACUCACUACAGCACGGACAACGACGUGGAGAUCAUCCGGGCCAGCGUCUGCGCCCCCUGCCACAGCUCGUGCGCCACGUGCCAGGGGCUGGCCCCCACAGACUGCCUCAGCUGCCCCAGCCACGCCUCCCUGGACCCCGUGGAGCAGACGUGCUCCCGGCAGAGCCAGAGCAGCCGCGAGUCGCCCCAGCAGCGGCCGCCGCCGCCGCCGCCCGCCGAGGUGGACACGGAGCCCCGGCCGCGCGCAGGGCUGCCGCCCUCACACCUGCCCGAGGUGGUGGCCGGCCUCAGCUGCGCCUUCAUCGUGCUGGUCUUCGUCACUGUCUUCCUGGUCCUGCAGCUGCGCUCCGGCUUCAGCUUCCGGGGGGUGAAGGUGUACACCAUGGACCGCGGCCUCAUCUCCUACAAGGGGCUGCCCCCCGAAGCCUGGCAGGAAGAGUGCCCAUCCGACUCAGAAGAGGACGAGGGCCGGGGCGAGAGGACCGCCUUUAUCAAAGACCAGAGCGCCCUUUGACGAGCGCCUACUGCCUGCCCCUUCAAGCCCAUCCCCUCCUUGGGCACUUUUUAAUUCACCAAAGUAUUUUUUUAUCUUGGGACUGGGUUUGGACCCCAGCUGGGAGGCAAGAGGGGCAGAGACUGCUUCCCACCCUACCUUCGGGCCACCUGGUUGCCUGAGGUGGGGCCCCAGGACCAGCUGGGGAGCCGGGGAGGGCCUCACCCCCACCUCCAGCACCCCUUCCGUGUGGAGAAAGGAGUGGAACCUCUAGGGCAGCUUUCCAAGGUCCAGGCCCCAGCCGGGGUUUUCUGCGGAGUGAAGAGGGGUCAGCCCUUCUCUUUGGGGAUUCCUGACCCGGGCUGCAGCUCUCUCCCUACCCUGUUCCCUCUAAAGCAAUAACGGUCCCCAUCCAGGCAGCAGGGAGGCUGGCCUAGGGGGUAUUUGAAGGAGGAGGCCACCUCUCCAAGGGCUUUUGUAUCCCCGACCUUGUCCCCCAUGUCUGGUGAGCCUCUUGAGGAAGUGGCGAUCAAAGGAAGGGACCAAGGCAAGGCAGGUGCUUUAGGGUGGGCCCGUGAGCACACGCGCGUGUGUGUCCCCUUGCCCACCUCCACCACCGCUGGCUGCCCGCCGAGCCCCGUGCUGGUGUCCUGACCACCCUACCUUUUCGGGCCCCCUCCCCUUCCCUCCCCCCCCUCCCCUCCCCUCCCCUCCCUUUCCUUCCCCUCUCCUCCCCUCCCCUCCCCUCCCCUCCCCUCCGGCCAGGGCCCAAGUCCCUGUUUUCUGAGCCCGGGGCUGCCUGGGCUGUUGGCACUCACAGUCCCGGAGCCCCUGGGUGGGUGGUGGGGAGGGACGGUGGCCCAGCCGGCCUCUCCCGCCUCCCACCCGAUGCUGCUUUCCCCUGUGGGGAUCUCAGGGGCUGUUUGAGGAUAUAUUUUCACUUUGUGAUUAUUUCACUUUAGAUGCUGAUUUUGGGUUUUUUUGGGUUUUUUUGUUUUUUUGUAUUUGUAAUGGGGGUAGCAGCUGGACCACCCACCUUCCCACACCCACUGUCCAUUCUGCUGUUCCCCCGGCUACGCUGGCCCUGAGGUGCGGGGGGCUGCAGCAUGUUGCUGAGGAGUGAGGAGGAGUUGAACCCCAAGUCCUGAAGAGGCAGGCGGGCAAGCCAGGUGGGCCCUAGGAAAGGGGAUCGUGGUGGGAGGGGCAGGCUGUCAUCCGUGUUUCAGUUGGGGCUCAUCGUGCCAAGGGCUCAUGGGUCACUGGUUCUCCAAGUGCCAGGGGUGGGCAGGUGGUGGCACUGAGCCCCCUCCAACACUGUGCCCUUGUAGAGAAAGCACUGACCUGUUCUGCCCCCUUAAGUCCCCCUCUUCUGACGUGCCUUUCGCACCCCUCCCAUUAGGACAAUCAGUCCCCUCCCAUCUGGGAGCCCUCUUUUCUUUCUCUCCCCUAGCCCUUCCUGGCACCCAGCCACCUGCCCAGGGGUGUCCCCUCCUCUCCCAUCCCCCCACCCUUGUGGCCAGCCUGGCUGAUUUUGUAAGAUACUGGGUUGGUGCCCAGUGAUUUUUUUUUUUCUUGUAAUUUAAACAGGCCCAGCAUUGUUGGUUCUAUUUAAUGGACACGAGAUAAUGUUAGAGGUUUUAAAGUGAUUAAACGUGCAGACUAUGCAAACCAG